AGCCGAGCUGUUUGUUCCUGUGAGGUAGAGGACGAACUUAUCUUAACAACAACUUGAGGUGUUAGAGAAGCUCUCUUGCUCUAUAAAUGAUGGUAGAAUAAUUUUUACAGAAUGACGGUAAAUUCUACUCUAUCUUCUCUGUCUUAUUUCAUCCUUGAAGCGUACAUUGACCUGGGAACGCUGCAAUAUUUUUACUUUGCGAUCACUCUCACAGUAUAUACUGCCAUCGUUGUUGUCAACAUCCUGCUUAUCGUGUUGAUCUGUCUGAACAGGACCUUACGUGAACCCAUGUACAUGUUUCUGUGCAGCCUUUUUAUGAAUGAAGUGUAUGGCAGCUUGUCACUGUUUCCCUUCCUGCUGGUUCAGAUCCUCUCUGAUGUCCAUGCUGUUGCUGCUCCUUUCUGCUUCCUGCAGAUAUUCUGCUUUUAUUCCUAUGUAAACAUUGAGUUCUGUAAUUUAGCCAUCAUGUCCUAUGAUAGAUAUUUUGGGAUCUGCUGUCCUUUAAAGUACAACUCUGUGAUGACCUUUAGCAGAGCGGGUCUGUUUGUUGUCUUGAUUUGGUUGUACUCAUCAGUCAGGUGUAUCAUCAACAUUUGUCUGAGCCUCCGUCUAACACUUUGUGGGAAUGUCCUCAGCAGUCUUUUUUGUCAUAACUACCUGAUAGUGAAGCUGGCAUGUGUGGACACAGAACUGAACAACAUUUUUGGACUUUUUUCCACAGCUCUUAGUGUGCUGGUCCCCCUGCUGCCCAUUAUUUACUCCUAUGCUAAAAUCUUAAGUAUCUGUUUCUCUGCUUCCUCCAAGAUGAGACAGAAAGCUGCCAGCACGUGCAUGCCUCACCUUGCUUCCCUCUUAAACUUUGCCUUCGGCUGCCUGUUUGAAAUCCUUCAGACCAGAUUCGACAUGACCAGUGUUCCGGAUGCGCUGCGGUUCUUUCUGUCUCUUUACUUUGGGAUCCUGCAGCCUCUCUUAAAUCCCAUCAUCUUUGGGAUACGGAUGUCAAAAAUACGUAACAUCUUUAAAGAUUUCCUUCAUUAAAAAAAACUGCUGAUAUUUUG